AGUGCAGGAGACGACGGCCAGGGGGCUGACACGGAGGAGAUCGGCGUGGAAGGACAACAUCCGAGGUACGUGCUGCAGGAUACGUGCGGGACUAGUUAGCAGCCAGCUCGCAUUGACUGAAUUUUCCAAACACAUUCCUCUUUGUAAGGAGUUGUGGAUGAGCGGGAUUGUCGCAGAUGAUAGCAGCUACCUUGUAACACACUAUACGAGCGUGUGGUCGUACCUGUGGCCUCACAUCUCGCAUUCUUUGGAAGUCGGGAGCGUGAACUUGGAUUGGAGAGCGAGAUGUUCUCUGUUUAUGCUCCGGAGCGUGAGGUCUGUCUCUCAACCGCUGAAGCACUUCGGAAGAUGGGCGGAGAAGGCAAUUAACCUUUGUGCAGCCAAUGGAGGAAUUCUCAGGACCUUGUAUGCUCUUUCGAUAGAUCCACAAGCGCUUGUUGAUUUUGCCGAGGACUCGGAGAGCUACCUGACUUUCAACGGCCACAUGGAACCAAGAACCAGCCUCCUCCAAGCCCCUUCGUCUCAGCGUCUGUGUCUUUCAUGUCCAGACUCCAAAGCGGUAGCAGAUGUUUGUGCUAUGGCGUCUAAAGUUGCGUAUGAGAGCCCGAAGUUCAUCGAAUUUGUCGUGAAUCAGAAUUGGAAGAUGCAUCUACUAGGAACUUACAACUGUUGGAACGAGUUUCAGAAAAAAAGCUCGACUCAAGCUUUCAUCUUCGCCGACCGGGAAACUGAUGCAGAAGCCAUCGUUCUUGCCUUCCGGGGAACGGAAGCCUUCAAUGCAUACGACUGGUGCACAGACUUGGAUUUCUCCUGGUACGAGCUGCCGCAGCUCGGCCGUGUCCAUCUCGGAUUCCUUGAAGCACUGGGCCUGGGCGACAGGAACAGGAUGCAAAGCUUCCAGAGGUUGAAGCAGAACAUCUACGAGAACUCGAGGACUCCGUUGCCACAGACUCCGACGUCUGGACUGCCGGACUUUGUCCUCAGCGACGAGACGAAGCUGCUUGCGUACGACCACAUCAGCGCGGAGCUCAUCACUAUCCUACGGAACCACAGAAACGCAAAGCUCUACAUCACCGGUCACAGCCUCGGCGGCGCUCUAGCGACUCUCUUCACCGCCAUGCUCUUCUACAACCGGGAAGAGCAUCGCAUCUUUUACAACACCGAGGACGAUGUUGCCAGGAGGCUCGCGGCGCUCUACACGUUUGGCCAGCCCCGUGUUGGAGACGAGAGCUUCGCGUCCUUCAUGGACGCCAGCUUAAACAAGCCAACCAUGAGGUACUUUAGAGUUGUCUACAAUAACGACGUGGUAGCUCGAGUCCCCUUCGACAACUCUUUGUUUGGCUUCAAGCAUUUCGGGCAUUGCUGCUACUUCACUUACAACUACACCCUCCAGAUCCUUCCGGACGAGCCAUUUCCCAAUUUCCUCUCCCCGGUUUACAUGGUGCUGUCCCGGCUUUACGCGCUGUUCGAGCUCGUCCAGAGCUUCUUCAUGAGCUAUAGAUAUGGCGGGGAGUUUAGCGAGACGAGGUUGUCCACUGUGGCAAGGAUUGCAGGCUUGCUCGUGCCUGGGAUCGCCGGCCACAGCUUGGUGAAUUACAUCAACUGCGUCCGGCUGGGUCCCGACCAUCUCGAUCCGGCGUGCCUGCAAAACUCUGAGUGGGAUAAAUCGCAGUAAGCAUCGGAACUAUUUCGUAUUUUUUAACAUAGAAAGGGACGUCAGGAUUCAAAUCUGCGAGGGCCAGCCCACAGCCCAGUAACCUCUUGGCACGUCCACCUUAGUUGCUGGUGUUAACUAAUGUAUCGUAAAAUUAAGAACAAAUAGAAAAUAAAUAAAAUGGUCUAGGUGCACAACUAAGUACGGUUAAUGCUAUAUAUUAACUAGUACUUGCCCAGCAGAAAGCUAGUGGGUUGGCAAAGUGAAGUUUUCAAAAAACUUUAAAUCUGAGCCAAAAGAUAAAGACAUUGGCCAA